AUGGUCGCCGCCAACCCCCGCACUACUCUCCACCCAUCCAUGAUCCGUCAACCACCCGCCGCCUACAACGCCAAAGGUCAAGAUUUCGAAAUGCGAGAACCUACCAAACACGCCAACAUGUCCAUGUCACCCACUCCCACCGGCACCUUAUCCCGCACCAGCAGUACCGAUUCCCACGCAUCAGGAAGUGUUCCCGUACACCAGAGAGGUGGUGGAGGAAACGGAGGAUUGUGUUGUGGAAUUUGUGCGGGGUUGGCUUGUUUUGAAUGUCUGGAGUGUUGUUGUUAG